AUGAAACUAACUGUGAAAUACUGCGAAAGCCAUAUAGAACCCACUUCAAUUAUAGAAAUGGCCUCCCAGAGAUACCAAAGGAUCAUCGAAAUAAACGGGGGUGAGAAGAUAUCGCUGCCGAUUGUGAAGUUCCCGCCGUUCAAGUUGCGGGCGGCAAUGGUGGAAAAAGAUCCGGUUAUUUGGCUUCAUUUAAUAGAGACUUAUAACCAGUAUUUUGCGUAUCUGAUGUCCGAAGGGCGCUUGGAAUCAUUGGAAGACUCCACGUAUGAGAAUCUGUGCGUAUUUGUACGCGGAUAUUUAAGAGAACUUUCCGCAGAGGAAGGCAAACUUUUGAGUCUGGGUAUGAACGGCGACGUAAAGCAGCAACUACUUAUUUUACGAAGCUGGAUUUUAGCACUUGUGAAAAACUGCGGCCUUUUGCAUUUGCAAAUCUCAUGCGACACGCUGUGGGAUUUUGUGAGAUUGUACGUUAAAGAAAAUCCUGAUACGGUUCGAGCACUGAUAGAGGGGUCGCUCAAGCCAACAAUUAAUACCCAGAAGGCCCAUCUUAAUAGGACCUAUCAGUUACACCAACAGCUCAAGCAACUUGUCGAAAGCGGAAACUUCUCCAGAGUUGACCUGAAGGCUCUUGAAUGCCUGUUGUCGUCAAAGGGCAAACGCACCAAAUCCUUUGCAGACCAAUUUUUGACCACCAAAUGGGCAGAGAUUUUAGAAUCUUGGUUUGUCCAGGAUGGAAAAGACAUCAGAACAAUUGCCAAGAAUCUAGGUAUCUUGACAUAUUUGAGUGCUUCUGAAAAGAGGAUUGUUAGUUUGGCAUCUGAAUUGCAUAUUGGCAAUUUGGAAACUUUACAACUAUACCCUUUAUUCGGAGCACUGCUUAUGAAUCAGCAGUUUCAAGUACAUUUUAAAGGGCUUAGAUCCAAACUCCCGUUCAUGAAAUCGCUUGCGGGUAGUAAACAUCAAUCAGGACAGUCAACAAUUCUUAAAACUGAAGACGUAAAAAUGAUUUCGGAGGUUUUCCCACACUUUACAAUCGGACAAAUAGAAAAAGAACUUCAAGCUUUUGAUGGAAAUGUAGAAAGAACUAUUGAAAGUCUCUUCGAGGCGCCUCAAAAGCUUGAAAAAGGACCAACCGCUGAAGAGACUGCAGCUUUGUCUGACGAAGGACUUAAGCCUACAGAAUUUGAAAGUGAACUGAAGAAGAGCGAUAGGCUUGCCAAAGUCGACGGGGACAGCGAUAAAGAUCACGUCCCUGAUGAGGUACGGAACAAAACGUUGACCCGAGCUUUGGCACUUCUAUACCAAGCCGAUGAGGACGAAAAGGAUGAUACCUAUGAUGACGCUGAAGCUCAACCUGAGCAAGACUCAGGGACCGAGAAAGCUUACGAAAAAAUAGAAGGAUACUUAUGGGAAUUACUCAAAGUCAACAAACUAUUAUUUGAGCGGUCGUGUAGGGGCUCAAAAGCAAGGAAAGAUAUGAAAUCGAAUACAUUAUGGUCUGAUGAGCAAAUUGAAGGAUGGGCGAGGAUGCUGGAACGAAGCCCCAAACGUGCUCAAUUGCUAGAAGAAAAAUACAUGUUUAGAGGCAACGUUCGCUCAGGCAAAAAGUCUUUUGUAAGCAAAGAUGUGCUCGAUGAAAACAGAAAAAGUGAGCCAGUUAGCGGAGAGGACGCAAAGGCACAAACAAGAAGCACUCGACCCGGUAAUGGCGGAGAUAAAAAGCGACAAAAUGCCAGAAAUGAGAAAAACAAAGGGUCCAGAGCUAACCAUAAUCGGAAGUCAGGACAUGACAGGAAAAUGACCAAAAGUAUGCCUUGA